CCGUCCCUGCCCUGCCGCGGGUGAGGCGUCCCCGCGGGCAGAGUCCUCAGCCGGGUGGCCGCGACCACCGCCCCUCCGGUGCCGAGAGGGGCUGGGCCGGGGGCGGCGGCAGCCCCCCAGCCGCAGCGAGGACAGCUUACAGAGGGCAGGGGAAGCAGCUCUGCGCCAGGAGGAUCUGAUCCCUUUCCCUCCGGCCGGCGCUUAAGCACCUCUGCUUGGAAAGGAAAUACCUGGUCGUCAGGUCCAGGAGCUGCCAAACGCCUUGUUCCUUGUCAUACCGUGAGAAACUGGAUGAACCUUCGAGAUGCAGAAACAGGGAAAAUCCUCUGGCAAGGAACAGAAGAUCUGUCUGUACCUGGAGUGGAGCAUGAAGCUCGAGUUCCUAAAAAAAUCCUGAAAUGCAAAGCAGUAUCUCGGGAGUUAAACUUUUCCUCAGCAGAACAAAUGGAAAAAUUCCGUCUGGAACAGAAAGUUUAUUUCAAAGGGCAGUGUCUAGAAGAAUGGUUCUUUGAAUUUGGUUUUGUGAUUCCUAACUCCACAAACACUUGGCAGUCCUUGAUAGAGGCAGCACCUGAAUCACAGAUGAUGCCAGCUAACGUUUUAACUGGUAAUGUUAUUAUAGAAACCAAAUUCUAUGAUGACGAUCUUCUCGUAAGCACUUCCAGAGUGAGACUUUUCUACGUUUGAGAUGGGGCUUUUUGGAGCUGUUUUAGUUUUCCUCCAUACAGUUCUUGGUGCAGAACCCCCCCGACUAUCCAGUGGAAGACACUCCUGUAGGCAGUGACCCUGGGGACCAGCUCAGCGUGGGUUGUGACCUUUGCCCAUCAGUUCUUUUGCUUUCUUCUCUGACAAGACCAGACCAAAUCCUCAGAGACGGGGCCAUCUGCUUAGCGAUGCCCUCAGGAAGAGAGGCUGUCUCUGAACACAGGCAAGCGAUGGUCGUGCAGAACCAAUACUGUAAAUUUAUGUUAGUCUCAUCCUUUCUACUUCUCUGGACCCUGGUAUAAUCUCCCAUUUCCACUCACACCGAACUCUCAAUGCUUUUAUUUUGGGGUUAAGUUAACCUUUUCAUUUUUCUCAUGUUGUAGAUUUUUAUCCUUUCGCUGGAUUUCUGUGUAACUGGUCCACACAUCCUCUUACCCCAAACUUGUAAAAUAGACUGUGAUAUCACCUAAUGUAAUUAAAACAAAUUUCUCAAUUAAAACAUUCCUACCGUCCAAAGAAGGGAAAAAAUGUCA